UUUCGUUUUUCAAACACAGCUGAUCUCAGGAUGUAAAUAGAGACGCUUCGUGCAGCAGAGCAACAUUCGCGACUUGAUAAGCAUCGGCGACUUAUCGCAUCAGCCGGAAGCUCUUCGGUUUACAGACCAAAACAUCGAGAAACAUGACCACAUCGACAGAAUGGACGCCUUCUUUGUGGUAUGACACCUUUAAUGAACUGCUGGAUGAUGACAGUGAGCUGGACUAUGGAGACCGGUGGACUCUUAAGGUUAACUACAACAAGACAGAUGAAAUCACUUAUGAGGAGAGGAAGAAAGGCUGGAAGGUCUCCACUCACCAAGCAAACGGAAAAUUUCAGUGUGUAUCCUGCAAAAAGACCUGGGGUUCAGCGCAGGUGAGGUUGGUGUUCCGGUACCGGCUGCUGGGGGGCCAAGGGACAGUGAUUAUGCGUCCUUUUGGUCAGGCCUGUCUUCGCUGCAGAGGUGACAAAUUCAAUCUCCCUGGUUUUGACAAGAAAGAGGUGGAACAAGCCCUCCUCAGGCAGUUUUACAAAAUUCGGAAAAACUGCUACCACGAGGAGGAUGGGGAGAAGGCUGGAGACAAUGGAAGACCAUCAUCAGAGUCUGAAGAGAAGACCAAACCACACAAGAACCACCUGUGCCAGGCAUGCCGUGUGGGCCAUUGCUGUCUGGAUGACAAGGAUGAUAACUAGAGUGUGUGUGUGUGCUAAAAGUGCUCAGAGAAACUUGUUUACUGGUUCCUGGGACGCUCUUUUGGGAUAUUUUAUCUGUUUUGCACAUGAAGUUAACAGUUUUAAGAGUACGAUCCACAUUUAUGGUGCAGUAUAUGAUCAUAUCACUUUUCUGUGCUUUUAUUGUAUUUUGUGGCUAUUAGUAAAGUCUGAUCAAGUCUUGUU